AUGUGGGAUCCUACAUUGUUCACAAAGACUGCUGUCUCAAAAGAUCGUAAUUUUCUCUUGGUUUCCGAGAAUGUCAUCGGUCACUCUACUCCUUUUCACAUCGUCAACGUAUAUGCCACCCAGGGCAACUUGGCCAAAAGAGACCUUUGGCAGAAACCGGUAAACAUCCGUGGCACGAAUCAAGGAUACUGGAUCUUCUUUGGAGAUUUUAACGUUGUGCGGUCGUUCGAUGAUCGAAAAAACUCUGGUUUUUAUCAAGCGGAGGCAAUUGUUUUUAAUGACUUCAUCCAUUCGGCUGACCUUUAUGAAUUUCCUAUGAAAGGAAGAAAGUUCACCUUCUACAAAGUUAAUGGCUCGAACCCUAAACAUAACAAAAUUGACCGCUUCCUUGUUUGUCACAGGUUCUUGGAGGAUUGGUCGGAUGCUUGUCUGCUGGCCCUUCCUCGUUACCUAUCGGGUCAUUCGCCUUUAAUUUUAGCAAUCAAUCCGAUAGACUUCGGGCCAAAACCCUUCAGAUUUUUCAACUCCUGCCUAGACAAGGAUGGUUUCGGGGAGGUAGUCAAGUCGGCUUGCGAUUCUUUUAUUGGAGGUGGUGUGGCGGAUCUAAACUUGUCAAACAAGCUGAAGUUUUUAAAGCAAGCAUUAAAAGUGUGGUUCUCGGAAUCCAAAGCCUGGGAUGAAGAGUUGAAAGAUAAUCUUUGCUCUGAAUUAUUUUCUUUAGAUGCAAUUCUGGAAAAUAGGGAUCUAGCUGAAGAGGAAUCUUGGGUUUAUGCAGAAUGUAAAGCUGCUCUUUUUGAUCUCGACUCUAAUAAAAUUAAGGACAUCAAGCAGCGCUCGUGUGCAAACUGGGCAUCCUUUGGAGACGACAACUGUGACAACUAUGCUCUUUAA